CUUGAGAGAUUGUUGCUGCCGCCAGAGGAAUGAUUGUUGAGAGAGUUUGGAAGACUCGCAGGAGUAUGAAGAGAACAGACAUAGAGAACACAGCAGCGAGUGUGCGGUGACCAGCCUCACCUGGGAUAAAGUCAUUUGGAUAAAAUACACUUUUCCUCUUGAAGGAGCUUGCUUGCCCUUCCCCUGCCUCAGAAGCUGCCAAUUACUAGGUGAGAGGUCAGAAGACAGAGCACAAAGGCUGAAAGGGUUAGCCGCUGGCACUGACUGUCAUGGAGACCGAGGAUCACACACACAGCGCACCCCCGGAUGGUCAGGGGACCCCUGGCAAAGACGGCCAUUUGUUGAUUGAAGCUGUUCAACAGGGAGACGUUGCCAGGAUCCAGCAAUUGCUGGAACAAGGGGCCGAUGUCAAUGUCCGUGAGGACGCUGGGGGCUGGACCCCUCUGCACAACGCAGUGCAGUCUGGCAGGGUCGACAUUGUGCGGCUCCUGCUUGAUCACGGUGCUGACCCUCAUCGGAGGAAGAAGAAUGGGGCCACUCCCUUCAUCAUUGCUGGGAUCCGUGGAGACGUGAGCCUGCUCGAGAUUUUCCUCUCUGAAGGUGCAGAUGUCAACGAGUGUGACUGGAAUGGCUUCACGGCUUUCAUGGAAGCUGCCGAGUACGGUAGAGUCGAAGCCUUAAGGUUCCUUUUUGCUAAGGGAGCCAAUGUGAAUUUGAGACGGGAGACGAAGGUGGACAAGAUGCGACUCAAGCAAGGAGGGGCCACAGCUCUCAUGAGUGCGGCCGAAAACGGCCACACAGAAGUCUUGCGUAUCCUUCUCGAAGACAUGGAGGCCGAGGCCGACGCUCGGGACAAUAUGGGCAGGAACGCCUUGAUCCGCACUCUGCUCAACCGCGACGGUGAAAACGUGGAGGAGAUUACUCACCUUCUGCUUCUGCACGGGGCUGACGUGAACGCGAGAGGAGAGGGAGGGAAGACGCCCCUGAUCUCGGCCGUGGAAGAGAAGCGCACAGGCUUGGUGAAGAUGCUCCUGGCUCAGGAGGGCAUAAACGUCGAUGACAGGGACAGCAAGGGCAACACAGCUCUGCUAAUCGCCGUCGAAAAGAAACUGAAGGAAAUCGCCGAGCUGCUGUGUGAAAAGGGGGCCGACACGAAGCAUGGGGAUCUUGUCGCGAUAGCCAGGCGCAAUUACGACCAUUCCCUUGUACAGCUUCUUCUCCGCUAUGGAGCUAGUGAGCGCCCGAGCCCUCCUGCUGAAGUCUGGUCGCCUCACAGUUCACGCUGGGGGGAAGCCUUGAAAAGACUCCACAGUAUGCCUCGCCCCAUGAUUGGCAAGCUCAAGAUCUUUUUGGACGACGACUUUAAAAUUGCUUGCACUUCUGAAGGCGGCGUCUAUCUAGGCAUCUAUGACAACCGAGAGGUGGCCGUGAAGGUCUUCUGGGAGGGCAGCUCGCGAGCACAUACGGAACUCUCUUGUCUGGAGGGCUGCCGUGACCCCAGUAACUUUGUGACUUUCUACGGAAGGGAGACCAACAAGGGCUGCUUAUAUGUGUGUGUGUCCCUGUGUGAGUGUUCACUGGAAGAGUUCCUGGGUAAGCCCAGAGAGGAACCCGUGGAGAACGGGGAAGAUAAGUUUGCCCGCAGUGUCCUAUUGUCUAUAUUUGAGGCUGUUCAAAAACUACAUUCGCAUGGAUUCUCCCAUCAGGAUUUGGGGCCACAAAACAUCUUGCUAGAUUCCAAGGAAGCUCUUCGCCUGGCAGAUUUUGAUCAGAGUGUUCAGUGGAAGGGAGAUUCACAGAUGCUCGAGAGAGACUUGGAGGACCUUGGACGGCUGGUUCUCUAUAUGGUAAAGAAAGGUGAAAUCCCCUUUGAGACACUAAAGGCGUUAAAUAAUCAAGAGGUGGUUAAAGAAUCUCCAGAUGAGGAGACAAGGGACCUCAUCCAAUGCCUGUUUUCUCCUGGAGCAAAUGUAAAGAACUGUUUGAGGGACCUGCUUGGCCAUCCUUUCUUUUGGACUUGGGAGAACCGCUACAGAACACUUCGGAAUGUGGGAAAUGAAUCUGACAUCAAAACACGAAAUGAUCAAAGUGAGCUUCUCAGACUGCUGCAGCCUGAGACACUGGAACCUUCCAGAAGCUUUGAUCAGUGGAGAUCUAAGAUGGACAAAUAUGUUAUGGCCGAAAUGGAUUCUUUCUAUAAAAAGAAUAAGUAUGCUUAUCAGGAUACUGUAGGUGACCUACUGAAGUUUAUUCGGAAUAUAGGAGAACACAUCAAUGAGAAAAAAAAUAAGCAAAUGAAGGAGAGACUUGGAGACCCUUGUUAUUACUUUCAGAAGACAUUUCCAGAUCUUGUAAUCUAUGUGUACAAGAAACUAAAGGAAACAGAAUAUCAAAGACAUUUUCCUCAGACCCAACCAAGGCUCAGUGUGCCAGAGGCAGCAGGACCAGUGGACCUACAGAGCUGAGUUUUGCAAGUUCAAGGAACCACUUUUUAAAAUCAGGAUAGUUCGUGGCAAGUUGUACAUCUCUAAUCUCUUAAGUAGCCUGGUUGCUUGGGAGGGCUAAAUUAGAUAGCCAGUGUGUUAGUUUCUGAUACAGUAAAUUCCACACAUUUGCACAAUCACAAAAGCAGUGAAAACUAUACCAUUCCAUUUUGGUGGAUGAAAUUGGGAGAGCCUUCUGUUAAGAUUUCUUUAAAAAAAACUUUGUGUGUGUGUGUGUGUGUGUGUGUGUGUGUGUGUGUGAGAGAGAGAGAGAAAGAGAGAGAGAGAGAGAGAGAGGCGGGGGCCACACAUACCACAUGUGGAAUCUUAGUACAACUUUAUGGCACUGGUUCUCUCCUUCUACCUUUAUAUGGAUUUUGGGGAUCAAAUUUAUGUUGUGAGGCUUGAGUGGCAAGCACCUGUGCCCACUGAGUCAUGUCAUUGGCAUGAUUCCUAUUAUUAAUUGCGCCAAAGGAAUGACUGUCAAGACCCCGAUGGCUGUAUGUUUUCUCUCGUUUAAUUCUUCCAGUGAGCUUGCAAAACAAAAUUGAUUAUCUCCACUAAAGAACCGAGGUGUAGAGAAUCCGAGUGACUUGCCCAAGAUCCUACAACCUAUGCAAAGCACUGUAUAAAAAGACACCUCUCUCUCUCUCUCUUUUUUUUUUUUUUUUUAUUAUUGUUGCCUCUCACAUGAGGGCGUUAGAAACAGUCAGCAUCUCUUUUGGAUGAAGCUCAGAACGAGUAGGUCAACAUAGGCCAAAAAGGCUCUCGGGGGCUUGGUUAGUCAUUUGUCUUUGUUGAGCACCAUAUAAGUCUAGGUACUAACUAAAUGAAUUCCAUUCCCUCUGAAAGCACUUGCACUGGUUUUUCGUGACUUCAAGUAAAUUGUUCUCAGUUGGGGUCAUUUGUCAGUGCCACUGCUGGGGGGAGGGCGGGGGCGGCACUACUGGCAUUAAGAGCCGGGGAUGCUAUCAAACAUUCUGUGAUUCAUGGGGCAGCUGCCCAGCAUCACGUUAUGCAGACUGAACAUCAGUAGUGCUGAUGUUUAGAAAGACUGAAGGGUUUGGGACACGUCUGAGCUGGCCCUGGACCCAGGACUGUGGUGUGCACGCAACACCUCCCAGAAGAAUGAUGUGGGUGUGUUUUCUUGAUGCUGGACCCGAAAUGAAGCAGCUCCUUCUGGUGUCCACUCAGGACCCUUCUCUUCUUCAUUUCCCAUGCUCCACGGCGCACACAUUCUGAGGCGCUCUCUCUAGCUCUUUGACACAUUGCUACCUCAGCACAUGCUUCAUUUCACUUUGUCCUUUUGUGACCCCCUUUCCCCUCCCGAAUCAAAGCCCUACCCUAAGGGCUUUUGAAUCUUUAUUGCUUGUAAAAAUGUUUGCUCUGUGAUACUGCUUGAUAAGUCCUCACUGAAUCAGUGAACCAUUUCUGUACAUGGGUGACGAUGAUAUUAUAUAGAUUAUAUGGUACUUCAGAGUUUACACACUAAAUCUACAUAUUUUUAAAUCGAAUUUUGUUUGGAAAACAGUACUGUAAGGUAUGCACUAUGAUCUUUAUUUUGGUAAUGAGGAACUAAGGCUAGAAAUACUUCUAUUUACUCUAGGCAUAUGGCAUAGAGAUGUCACCAUCUUGAUUUGGACAGACUUUCCCGUGUGAAAUCUAGUGUUCUUUUCACCUAUUGUGGUGACUAAGACAGAGCUUUGGGAUGGGAAUGAAAUGCUAUCUUCGAUCCUUCCCAGAACAGAGGUAUCUGGAAUGGAUAGAGGGCUGUCCGGUGCAAGAAGUUAGGUCCUCUAAAAGAAACAAACUAAUGACUUAAAAGAUUUCUGUUUUUCUUUUCUUCUCUCUCUCUCUCUUUCUUUCUUUUGAGCAGAGUGCUUGUUUUAGGUUUUGAAAAUGAGUUUUGUUGUCUGACUUGGAUAUGUCGAUCAAAAUGUCCAUGUGUGAAGAAUACUCAAUAAA